AUGGGUUUGCGUAUAUUCCUCAGUUUGUUCGCAAUAUUCGCCACAUUGACAUUUGUGCAUGGCGGAGCUUGUCUUAUACCUAAGCCUUUAGGCGCCCGCUCUCUUGAAGUGAUACAACAACCUCGUUUGGACGGACGUAUUGUAGGAGGGUAUAAAAUAAAUAUUACGGAUGCACCUCAUCAAAUAUCAUUACAAACGUUUACUGGACACAUAUGUGGUGGCUCUAUAAUUUCCAGUCGCUGGGUUUUGACAGCCGCUCACUGCACAGCUGGUAAAACCGCUGAUCGUUUAAGAGUGCGCUUUGGUUCAUCCAUAUCAGCGAAGGGUGGUGAAAUAUUGCAUGUGAAGGAGAUAGUCCAGCACAAACAAUUUAACUAUUCAAAUGUGGAUUAUGACUUCUCAUUGCUGCGCUUGGAAAAGGAAUUGCAAUUUGACGAUAAUAAACAAGCAGUUAAACUGCCUGAGUCAGAGGAUAAGUUUCUUGAUGGCGAUAUAUGUUAUGUUACAGGAUGGGGUAAUACACAAAAUAAUACUGAAUCUCGCGAAUGGUUACGGCAAGCUGAAGUGCCAAUAUUUAAUCAGGAAUUGUGUUCCGAAAAGUAUGCUCAGUUUGGUGGCGUAACGGAACGUAUGCUGUGCGCUGGCUAUGUAGAAGGGGGCAAAGAUGCAUGCCAAGGGGAUUCUGGUGGUCCUUUAGUGAAUAAAGAUGGAGUGUUAAUUGGUGUAGUUUCUUGGGGUUAUGGUUGUGCGAAACCUGAUUAUCCAGGUGUUUAUUCACGUGUGACAUUUGCGCGAGAAUGGAUUAAAAAGUACAGUGGAGUCUAA